AAGGAGGAGAACCUCCAUUUUAGAAAUUAGGUUUCCAAAAGUAUUUUAGACGUUUCUGAGCCAUGCUGCAGCUGGGCAAGGCCUGGCGGCCGGUUUCAUUGGUUCGAUGCAAGACCACGCUGAUCAUGGGCCCUCCUGGCGGUGGGAAGGGCACCAUUAGCAAGAAGCUCAUCAAGGAUUUCAACUUCCAUCACAUCUCCACUGGCGAUCUUCUGAGAACUCAGGUUCGCCUGGGCACACCACAGGGCCUAAAGGCCAAGUCCUACAUGGAGUCUGGGGAUCUAGUGCCCGACGAGCUGAUCAUUGACAUGGUCCUGAGCAAGGUGGAAGAUAUCUCAAGCUCCCGAGUGCUCCUCGACGGCUUUCCCAGGACCAGAGUGCAGGCUGAAGCCCUGGACAAGAAGAAGCAGGUGGAGAUCGCGAUCAAUUUGGCUGUGCCCAACGAAGAGAUCGUGCGAAGAACCAGCAGCCGGUGGAUUCACCCAGGGUCAGGCCGCACUUACGCGUAUGACUACAAUCCGCCGAAGGAGGAGGGCAAGGACGACGAAACGGGCGAGUCGCUCAUCCAGCGUGAUGACGACAAGCCUGCUGCGGUCAAAGCGAGACUGCAGGAGUACGACAACCAGACACUGCCUCUCCUUGACUAUUACAAGGAGAAGGGCUGCCUGCGGCAGUUCGAUGGGUCAGACAACCCGGACCUCGUGGCCAAGGACGCUGCAUCCUCCGCUCCGCGAUCUUCAACUUUACCAAUUGGUUGCUGUUGAUGGUUUCUGCGACCACGACAGAAGAUCCGAUGCCAUCUACGCGUCCUUGAAGCCUUUCAUGCAGGGCAGCCUCGGUUGAAGGGAUUUAUCUGGCAAAGGGCCGGAUCGAUCCGAUGUCCGCCGCGCCAGCAGCGGAAAAC